ACGCCUUUAAAAGAAAACCGGAAACUCUUUGUUGAGGAAGAAGUUAGCAAGCUAGCGACGCAACGAAUUACAACUUUUAAUCUGGACGGAAGUCUCUUCAAAUCGUAACAAUGUCCGGAUCCUCCAACAUCGUCACGAUGAAGAAGAUCGUCCAGCAGUUGCGCCUUGAAGCCGGCAUUAACAGAGUGAAGGUGUCCCAGGCCGCCGCGGACCUGCAGCAGUUCUGCCUGCAGAACGCCCAGCAGGACCCUCUGCUCACCGGCAUGUCGUCCAGCAACAACCCGUUCAGACCACAGAAGGUCUGCUCCUUCCUAUAGCACCGACCGAGCCUGAGUUUUGGACAUUGUGGUGCCUUGAGGAAUGGGGCUGCAUCGUGGACUGGAAUCGCCUCGAGGGUUGGGAAAUUUUGGGACAAACUAACUUAAGUUUUGUUUUUUAACUUUUGCCUUUGUAAAAAUCUGACAAACAUUUCCAGGUGCUUAAGUGGCACAAUAGAUGUCUUAACCUACUUGCUUUAAAGUAACUAGCCCAUAUCAACACCCACUGUGCCUUUUGAACUGUACAUUUUUCAUUAAUUACUUAUUAAGAGAUAAAAUAAAUGGUAUUU